AUGUGGUGUCUGCAGUGCGCCUCUGACAGGACUCAGUCCUUACUGGAGCUGGAAUCAGACAGCUGUGUGGAAGGUGAUGCUCCAGGCAGCGAGGUGGGCGCCUCUGUGGACCCCAGCGGUGGCUACAGUUGCGUCCCAGUGACCCACAGUGGCGGGCUCGGCCCCGACCACCUGGACAGCCAGCUCUACGGACACAUCCUGCUGCCGGGCCACCUGCGGCCCCGCCGACCCAAGCUCCAGCACUCCCAGUCCAUCCUCCGCAAGCAGGCAGAGGAAGAGGCAAUCAAGCGCUCCCGCUCGCUGUCAGAGAGCUAUGAGCUCUCAUCAGACCUCCAGGACAAACAGGUGGAGAUGCUAGAGCGUAAAUAUGGUGGGCGUUUCAUAACCCGGCAUGCAGCCCGCACCAUCCAGACAGCCUUCCGCCAGUAUCAGAUGAACAAGAACUUUGAGCGUCUUAGAAGCUCUAUGUCUGAGAACCGUAUGUCCAGACGGAUUGUCCUAUCCAAUAUGAGAAUGCAGUUUUCCUUUGAAGGACCUGAAAAAGUCCACAGCUCCUACUUCGAGGGAAAGCAGGUCUCACUAACAGACGACGGCACCAAAAUCGGCGCACUGGUGCAGUCCGAACAUGGUGGGGAGAUGGGUGUGCAGGCCAAGACCCCCACGACGCAGAGCGACUUCACAGACGCUAUCACAGAACUAGAAGACGCCUUCUCCAGGCAGGUCAAAUCUCUAGCUGAGUCCAUAGAUGACGCUCUGAACUGCCGCAGUCUGCACGGUGACGACGGCCACUCGGACACGGGGAGAGGCCACCAGGAUAUGGACAGGGAGGUCAGCUGCCAGGUGAAACCCUCCCACAGCGCCUCAGAACACCGCAAACUGGAUGAGAUGACGGCAUCUUACAGUGAUGUCACUCUUUACAUUGAUGAAGAGGAACUGUCACCACCCCUGCCCUUGUCUCAGUCGGUAGACAGGCCCUCCAGCACAGAAUCGGACUUGCGUCAGCGCUCCCUCAACUCCUCCCAGGACUAUUGGUCUCUGGCUCAUAAGGAUGAGAAAGGAGACACGGACACCAGCUGUCGCAGCACACCUUCUCUGGAAUGCCAAGAGCAACGUUUGCGGGUAGACCACCUACCCUUACUGACCAUUGAGCCUCCCAGCGACAGCUCAGUGGAGCUGAGCGACCGCUCUGACCGCAGCUCUCUGAAGAGACAGAACGCCUACGAACGGAGCCUCAGCAACCAGCAGAGCAGCCCCAAACACAUCAGCCACGGUUUGCCACCCCGCGGGCCUUCCAGAGAGGACGACGCUCCCCGUCAUCGGCCACGGCAACUGGAGGCCCACCUGGCCAUCAACGGCACAGCAAACCGGCAAAGCAAGUCGGAGUCGGACUUCUCAGACGGCGACAACGACAGCAUCAACAGCACAUCCAACUCCAACGACACCAUCAACUGCAGCUCCGAGUCCUCGUCCAGAGACAGUCUGAGGGAGCAGACGCUCAGCAAGCAGACGUACCACAAAGAGACUCGCAACAGCUGGGACUCACCUGCUUUCAGCAAUGACAUCAUCCGCAAGAGACACUACCGCAUCGGCCUGAACCUCUUUAACAAGAAACCAGAAAAAGGCAUCCAGUAUCUGAUCGAGCGCAACUUUGUUCCAGACACUCCAGUGGGUGUGGCCCACUUCCUGCUUCAGAGGAAGGGCUUGAGUAGGCAGAUGAUUGGCGAGUUCCUGGGUAACAGACAGAAACAGUUCAACCGGGAUGUCCUCGACUGUGUGGUGGAUGAAAUGGACUUCUCCAGUAUGGAGCUGGACGAAGCGCUCAGGAAAUUCCAGGCUCACAUCAGAGUCCAGGGAGAAGCACAGAAGGUUGAGCGGCUGAUCGAGGCCUACAGCCAACGCUACUGCAUCUGCAACCCCGGUGUGGUGCGGCAGUUCAGGAACCCUGACACCAUCUUCAUCCUGGCCUUUGCCAUCAUCCUCCUCAACACAGACAUGUACAGCCCCAACGUCAAGCCUGAGAGGAAGAUGAAGCUGGAGGACUUUGUGAAGAACCUUCGAGGAGUGGAUGAUGGGGAGGACAUCCCCCGGGAGAUGCUGGUAGGGAUAUAUGAGCGGAUUCGCAAGCGGGAGCUCAAGACUAAUGAAGACCAUGUGUCCCAGGUUCAGAAAGUGGAAAAACUCAUUGUUGGAAAAAAGCCGAUCGGCUCUUUACACCACGGUCUGGGCUGUGUUCUAUCGCUGCCCCACCGGAGGCUGGUGUGUUACUGCAGACUUUUUGAAGUGCCCGACCCCAACAAACCACAAAAGCUGGGUCUGCACCAAAGGGAGAUCUUCCUCUUUAAUGACCUGCUUGUGGUUACCAAAAUUUUCCAGAAGAAGAAGAACUCAGUGACGUACAGCUUUCGGCAGUCCUUCUCACUUUAUGGCAUGCAAGUGCUGCUCUUUGAGAAUCAGUAUUAUCCCAAUGGAGUCCGUCUGACUUCGGCCAUUCCAGGAGCUGACAUCAAAGUCCUCAUCAACUUUAAUGCACCCAAUCCUCAGGACCGCAAAAAGUUCACAGAUGAUCUGCGAGAAUCAAUCGCUGAAGUCCAAGAGAUGGAGAAGUAUCGGAUAGAGUCGGAGCUUGAAAAACAGAAGGGGGUGGUGAGGCCCAGCAUGUCCCAGAGUUCUGGGUUAAAGAAGGACACGGGAAACGGCAACCUGAGCCGAGCGAGCCUUGACGACAGCUACGCGAUUGGUGAAGGUUUGAAGAGGAGCGCCCUGAGCAGCUCUCUACGUGACCUCUCAGAUGCAGGCAAGCGUGGGAGACGCAGCAGUGCAGGAUCACUAGACAGCAAUAUGGAAGGGUCCAUCAUUAGCAGUCCUCACAUGCGGCGGAGAACCCCCUCCAGCCGAGACUGCCCGUCCCGCCACAGCGGCCAGUCCCUGCCCAACUCCUCCUCUCUGCUCGGAUCUUUGUUUGGCACCAGGCGUGUGAAGUCCCCCAGCCCCACCCCUCAGGCCCUGCACCCCACCCUCAUCUCCCACACCCCGCACCCCGCCAAUCUGCACCACACGGCCCGGGUCGAGACGGACACGCCGGGCCCCAUGCACCCACACCACGCCCAGUUCUGCCACAUGACCCAGAACCCCCCGCCUUACCACCACCACCACCACUACCACCCGCCGGCCCACUUGCAGCACCCUCCACACCAGUUCCACCCGGCCUCAUCUCACGGCCAGCAGCCGCCCUACCCACCGCACACGCAGCACGGCCACGGGAGCCACUCCUCCCACCCUCCUCAUGGCUCACACCACCAUGGCCCGCCACCACCACCCUCCCAGGCCUCCAGCAGCACCAAGCCCAAGCACAGUGGCAUCAGUACGGUGGUGUGAGGCGGCACAGGGGCCUUUCUGGGCUCUCCUGCUGAACUUUGAUUUUUUUCCUCCGAGGCUCUCGGCUGAUGAGACGGUCACACUGUGCGUCACCGGUCUGGGGAUGUGAAACCAGACGAGAUCCUGUGUCUCCUUCAGCAUUUUUUGUUAUGCUCGUCACGGGGGCAGUCUAUUCAACCCAAACACAUUUAUUUUCCUGUUGUUCCUUUCAUUUUGGUUUCAGGUCAUAAAUCAUGUCUGCCUGCUUCAUGAGCAGCAGACGACAACGCGAGAGCAUGCACAAAGACCACAACUACUGUUCCUCCUCAGUAAAUUAAAGAACAUGAUCAAAUAUCUCACUUACUAGUAUUUUACAGAAGAAGUAAACAG